GAUGUCUUGCGUGGCGUCAAGCGAUCAUCAGUUUGUGCAUUUGAUAUGAAACUUUGCGCAUCGCCAGUAUCAGAUCACUUAUCUUAUGGGAGUGGAGAGCAGUACGCUUUGCUCUGGGAUUUACAGGAGAAGAAGUAUCGCAACAACUCUCGCAAUGUGAACACCAGUAUUUCCACCGACUACUAUCCGUAUCCAAAAUUUGUAUUGGGUGGACACACCUCAGAGGUAUCAGUGGCACAGUUCAGCUGUGGAUCACGGUAUAUUGCAUCAAUCGACGAUUCGAUUUGUCGUCUUUGGCAAUUCGAUCGUUCGUUGGUUGAGAAACGAUCGAAAUCUUUGAUGAAAACGAAUGGCUUCGAACAAAUCGAAUACUAUUCACUUCCACAUUCUCAGGGCACUGCCAGUCAAAUGGAGAAACUUUGUGUUACUCCAGUUGAUUCACCGUCGGCCAAGCGGAAAGCACCAAUUAAAAGUCCGUUCACGAGUCCUUUCAAAUCAGCUCCAAACUCUGGCCGCUAUCUGAACGCCGAACGAUCACCCGUCAAAAAGAUCUCAAAGUGA